UCAGCCAUUUUUACCUGUGUGUUUGUUACUUCCUACUUGUUAGUGAACGUACAAGACGACCAAAUCAGAGAGACCACCGGCUCGAGAAACUCUCAUGUUGUGAAUAUCACGGAAUACACAAUGAAAAGUAAGGUCUCGCCACCUUUUAUUUAUCUCACGCAAACUGAGCAAUGCCUUACACCAAGUCUAAUCCAAACUCUGGAAUUAAGCGAUGCUUCGAAAUGUCGUUGCGAUGUCAUCGUUUUGAGUUAUAAAACUGAAUGCCGAGAAAAGAGCGCACCACACAUCACGUACUUGUUUGGCAAUGAAACAACCUGGGGUUCCGGUCGAAAUCAGCUUUAUUUCCAAGCAGUGCAAAGAAGACUUGACUACCUCUAUUAUAUCUUCCUCGAUGAUGACAUCACUCUGAAGUUCAGCGAGGCAGCAACUCCAGAAAUGAAGCGACUCACUCCAAUCAGCGUUUUUCAAGACUGGCUUCUGGAUUACGAGCCCGCUGUAGGCGUAGGUGAUUACGAAGGACAUGAUGGAUCAAGUACGCUCCGUUCAAGAAUGCGACGGGUUUGCAAUAAAAGGGUUGAUAAAAAAACCACGCUUGCAAAUCCCACCAUAUUAUUCGACCCUCUGUUUAAUGCGUUCCACGCCAAGGCAGUAAGCCAUAUAUUUCCGAUGGAAAUCAGCCACGAAGAACGCAACUGGUGGCUCACAGAUAAGUAUGUUGCCUCAGUCGUUGAGUUGAAAUUUCGCGGACAAGCGCUGAUGUUUUUCCCAGUAGCUGUAGUGAACUUACUACAUCGCCCUUAUCCACAAUCAUCUCAUGGAACUAACAAAGCUUGGCAAGGGUUUAUUGAAGCUAUUCAGGAGAGAGCGCCUACUCAAUUCAAAUACCACGCUUUAUUCAGGACAUUUCGCAGAAGUCCAAGAGUUUACAUACAAAGAUCGCGGACAUAUUGCGUGGAAAUAAUUCGUCACCAGGACAUCACGCCUUUUGCACACUUUGCAUCUCGCCGGACAGUCAGAAAUCAAGCGAGGUUCUCUUGAAUCUUUUAUCUAUUAGUUUAAAUGAUAAUGUCGCGCAAAUUUUUAUUCAUUUUUCAAGAUUUUUGAAAUUUCAAGUGGGAGUCUAUUCAGUUUUUGAUAUUACUGUACAAAGUUCUUAACCCGUUUUGUUUAUUAGUUUAUUUAGUUACUUAGUUUUGGAAUACGAGCACCAAGUUUUGUAAAGAUUUUCAGUACUAUAAAGUAAGGUGGUUUAUAUAAAUCAUGUAAAGAAAUAAGUCACACAAGAAACAUAGAACAAAGCGUAUCAAUUUGUUAUAUUGGUGUUAUGAU